AUGCAGACACGAUUCAAGCUCAUCCCCGAUAGGAUGCUGAACAGUACCACGGUGGCCGGGAUUCGGGACACGACUCUGGGAAGAAUUGGAGCAGAUGGGAACCCUGCUGGUGGAAACGUCAUUCGAUUCAAUAAUCCAAGUCCAGGCACACGAUCGGACUUUUCUCGAAUUUGCAUCGAUCCAAACGGUGUUUCGAACAGGGCCAACCCGCACAUCCCAGUCCCACAGGGCGCCGUCAAUGCUGCGGCUAAAACCCAAAAAGUUUUAAAGGUGACUGGGAAAGUGUUGCUCGUUGUCUCGAUAGUGGCCUCUGGUAUCCGAAUCGCCAAAUCGAUUUACGAUGAAAUCGACAUCGACAGCGAAAUCGAAGGCCUGGAGCACAUGAUCGAUUGCUUGGAGGAGGAUUUGAGAGGGUGCUCCCCAAAUGAGAUGACUGACAAAAAAAGGCACGCGACUUCGCUAAAAUCCUUCUCGAAGACGCCCACGACUGCAAGCGCCACCCUGGGAAAAAAACGAUUCUCACGGGUCUGUGCAUCGGUGGAGAAUGGAUUGGAGGAGCGGCUC